CCUACCUCUCGUCCAUGGCGUUCUCCGGUAAGGCGGCGGCGGCGACGUAGUCGGCGAAGUGUACGGAGAGAAGAAGUCGCCGGUUGAAUCUUCGGAAGGUGAAUCUCCUCAGGUUUGAAACGAAGCUCGUCUCCGGCGCCAUCCCUUUCUUCUCGCUUCUUGUGCGUGUUUCGGCUGCUGCAAUGCGGCCUCUCGUGGUGCUGGUAGGCCUGGCCUGCCUGGUGUUCGUGGCGGAGGCCAAGGGCGCCGGCGCUGGCUCCGCCGCGGCGCUGGGCGACGACGUGCUGGGGUUGAUCGUGUUCAAGGCCGACGUGGUGGACCCGGAGGGGCGCCUCGCGACGUGGAGCGAGGACGACGAGCGGCCCUGCGCGUGGGCCAGCGUCACCUGUGACCCGCUCACCGGCCGGGUCGCGGGGCUCUCCCUCGCCGGGUUCGGCCUCUCGGGCAAGCUCGGCCGGGGCCUCCUCCGCCUCGAGUCGCUCCAGUCCCUCUCGCUCUCCCGCAACAACUUCUCCGGCGAUCUCCCCGCCGACCUCGCCCGCCUCCCGGACCUCCAGUCGCUGGACCUCAGCUCCAACGCCUUCUCGGGCGCCAUCCCGGACGGCUUCUUCGGCCACUGCCGCUCCCUCCGCGACAUCUCCCUGGCCAACAACGCCUUCUCCGGCGACGUCCCGCGCGACGUCGGCUCCUGCGCCACGCUCGCGACGCUGAACCUGUCCUCCAACCGCCUCGCCGGCGCGCUACCGAGCGACAUUUGGUCGCUGAACGCACUGCGCACUCUGGACCUCUCCGGCAAUGCCAUCACCGGCGACCUGCCGGUCGGCGUCAGCAGGAUGUUCAACCUGCGGUCGCUGAACCUGCGUAGCAACCGCCUCACAGGCGGCCUCCCGGACGACAUUGGGGACUGCCCGCUGCUGAGGUCCGUGGACCUCGGCUCCAACAACCUCUCCGGCAACCUGCCGGAGUCGCUGCGGCGGCUCUCCACUUGCACAUACCUUGACCUGAGCUCAAACGCGCUCACUGGGAAUGUUGCAACUUGGGUUGGAGAAAUGGCAAGCUUGGAGGUGCUGGAUUUAUCCGGGAACAAGUUCUCCGGCGAGAUUCCGGGGUCGAUUGGUGGGCUGAUGUCAUUGAAGGAGUUGAGGUUGUCGGGAAAUGGGUUCACCGGUGGCUUGCCUGAGUCGAUUGGUGGAUGCAAGGGCCUAGUUCAUGUUGAUGUUAGCUGGAAUUCUCUCACGGGUGCUCUGCCUGCCUGGGUCUUUGCUUCCAGCGUGCAGUGGGUGUCCGUCUCGGACAACACCUUGAGCGGGGAGGUGUCGGUACCUGUGAAUGCAUCUUCAAUGGUGCGUGGCGUGGACUUGUCGAGCAAUGCGUUUUCAGGACGCAUCCCGUUUGAAAUCUCCCAGCUGGUCACCUUGCAGUCACUGAACAUGUCUUGGAACUCGCUGUCUGGGAGUAUUCCGGCGAGCAUUGUGCAGAUGAAGUCGCUUGAGUUGCUUGAUUUGACUGCUAACAGACUCAAUGGGAGCAUUCCAGCUACCAUUGGAGGGGUGUCAUUGAGAGAGUUGAGGCUUGGCAAGAACUCUCUUACUGGAGAAAUCCCAGCACAGAUUGGCAAUUGCACUGCCCUGGCAUCACUGGAUCUCUCAUACAACAACCUGACAGGCGCAAUUCCGGCAACAAUAGCCAACCUCACCAAUCUACAGACUGUUGAUAUUUCUCGGAACAAGCUCAGUGGUGGUCUACCAAAGCAGCUCUCUGAUCUGCCUCACCUUGUGCACUUUAAUAUUUCACAUAAUCAGCUAUCUGGGGAUCUUCCUCCUGGGAGCUUUUUUGAUACUAUCCCCCUCUCAUCAGUAUCUGACAAUCCUGGCCUUUGUGGUGCAAAACUAAACUCGUCUUGUCCUGGUGUGCUACCAAAACCAAUUGUGCUGAACCCAGACUCUUCUUUGGAUCCACUAUCACAACCCGAGCCUACACCAAAUGGCCUCCGCCACAAGAAAACUAUACUGAGCAUCUCAGCCCUUGUUGCAAUUGGUGCUGGUGUUCUCAUUACUGUUGGUGUCAUAACCAUCACAGUUCUCAACCUUCGAGUUCGUGCUCCAGGCUCUCAUUCUGCUGCUGAGUUAGAACUCUCAGAUGGAUAUCUCAGCGAGUCCCCCACGACUGAUGUGAAUGCAGGCAAGCUUGUCAUGUUUGGAGGCGGCAAUCCAGAAUUCAGUGCUAGUACCCAUGCUCUUCUGAACAAGGACUGUGAGCUUGGUCGUGGUGGGUUUGGCACUGUCUAUAAGACUACUCUACGAGAUGGCCAACCAGUUGCUAUCAAGAAGCUGACUGUGUCUAGCUUGGUUAAAUCUCAAGAUGAGUUUGAGAGAGAAGUGAAGAUGCUUGGCAAGCUGCGCCACCGCAACCUUGUUGCACUCAAGGGAUAUUAUUGGACACCAUCUCUUCAGCUUCUUAUAUAUGAGUUUGUUUCUGGGGGUAACUUACAUAAACAACUGCAUGAAUCAUCCACUGCAAAUUGUCUUUCGUGGAAAGAGAGGUUUGAUAUAGUUCUUGGUAUUGCAAGAAGCCUGGCCCAUCUCCAUCGUCAUGACAUUAUCCACUACAAUCUGAAGUCAAGCAACAUUCUGCUUGAUGGAUCAGGCGACGCCAAGGUGGGGGACUAUGGCUUGGCAAAGCUUCUGCCAAUGUUGGAUCGGUAUGUUUUAAGCAGCAAAGUCCAGAGUGCACUUGGUUACAUGGCACCAGAGUUCGCAUGCAGGACUGUGAAGAUCACUGAAAAAUGUGAUGUGUAUGGAUUUGGAGUUCUUGUCCUUGAGAUCCUGACAGGGAGGACGCCGGUGGAGUACAUGGAGGAUGAUGUUAUUGUGCUUUGUGAUGUGGUAAGGGCUGCUUUGGAUGAAGGGAAGGUGGAAGAGUGUGUUGAUGAGAGGCUCUGCGGAAAAUUUCCACUAGAGGAGGCUGUUCCAAUCAUGAAACUUGGUCUAGUGUGCACUUCUCAGGUUCCUUCUAAUAGGCCAGACAUGAGUGAGGUCGUGAACAUAUUGGAGCUGAUCAGAUGCCCCCAGGAUAGCCCUGAAAAUGAAUUAGGUUAAGCUCUAUCUGCUGUGGUCUCCUUUUUGGUUAUUUUUCUUGUUUCAUUUUAAGAUCCUUCUUUGCUUGGCAACUGAUAAAAUUAUGAGAGAUGAAGGAGAUUCAAUCUGGUAUGACGAAGUGUGAAGUUUCUGGGUAGUAUUUUGAUAGCUAAGUAAUUAUUAUGUAAUGCAAGCAAUAGUUUCAUGGCCUGUGGCUGUUGAUGUGUUUGACACUGAUCCUCAUCGAGAUGCUAACUGUUGUGGAUCCUCGCACAUCAAUUAUAUAUGUUGUUUCCAA